AUGCAGCUCACGGAGAAGCCCAUCGACGCCUGCAUCAUCUCGCCGGGCUUCGUGAAGCCGACCAUGCUCGUGGAGAACGGGCUCAAAUUGAACGACCAGAUGUGGGCCGCGUGCAAGGCCCGCCUCGGCACGGACCGGGCGAAGGACGAGUACGGGCCGCUGCUCGACACGUUCAUCAAGUACUCCCUCGCGGAGAAGGGCACCCACGUGUCCGAGGUCGCGAAGCGCAUCCGCCUCGCGCUCCAGGCGGGCCGGCCGCUCCACGGCUACAAGGUCGGGCCGGACUCGCGCGCGACGCCCGUCGCGGGGCUGCUGCCCGUGCCGCUCCAGGACUUCGUCAUGAAGGCCCAGGCGAAGCUCACGGAGCUCGCGCCCCACGAGCGCGAGCUCCUGGACGUGGACCUCCACGCGCACCGGCGGGGCUCGCCGGCGACGCACCCGGAGCUCCUCACCUUCUACGAGCUCGCGGGCAUCGACCGCCAGUCCGUGCAGACGCAGAGCAUGGCGCUGAAGAAGGCGCGGCGCGCCGUGCGGCCCCUCUUCGACGACCUCGUCCGCGACAAGUCCGCCGAGCGCGAGAUCAAGGCGGACAAGCACAAGGUGCUCACGACCGUGCGGCGCCGCGGCGACCAGCUCCGCUUCGCGUCCGCGGUGAUGCGCGCGGACAAGGACGUCGUCCUCGCCGCCGUCGCCACCUGCGGCCGCGCGCUCGAGCACGCGUCCCACGACCUCCGCGACGACAAGGACGUCGUCCUCGCCGCCGUCCGCAGCGACGUCACCGCGCUCCGCUGGGCGUCCGUCGCGCUCCGCGCGGACCACGACGUCUUCGACGUCGCCAUGAACCAGCAGCCGACGGCGUCGCGCCACGACGUCGCCAAGAGGCCCCGGCCCCUCGUCCGCGACCACAUGUGUUAA